AGCAGCCAAUCAGCGUGACCCACGUCUGCCGGUAUUUAAGAAGAGUCCUCAGACCCUGAAAAUGUGGCUCUUGGAACUCCUAACCAUCCUCAUGAAGCUAGCGGUGGCCCAGACGGGCCCACACUUCCUGCAGUACUUCCUCACCGCCAUCUCGCGGCCCGGCGACGGGGAGCCCCGCUUCAUCGCAGUCGGCUACGUGGACGACACGCAGUUCGUGCGCUUCGACAGUGACUCGGCGAGUCCGAGGAUGGAGCCGCGGGCGCCCUGGGUGGAGCAGGAGGGACCCGAGUACUGGGAGGAGCAGACACUGAUCGCCAAGAAAGCCGCAAAGAAUUACCGGCUGAGCCUGAAAAUCCUGCGCGGCUACUACAACCAGAGCAAAGCGGACUCUCACACCCUCCAGAGGAUGUACGGCUGCGACGUGGGGUCCGACGGGCGCCUCCUGCGCGGGUACGAACAAUCCGCCUACGACGGCUCCGACUACAUCGCCCUGAACGAGGACCUGCGCUCCUGGACGGCGGCGGCGGGCACGCAGGCUUGGAGAACCCAGCGCAAGUGGGAGCAGUGGGGUGAGGCUGAGUACCACAGGAACUACCUGGAGAACACCUGCGUGCAGGGGCUCCUCAGAUACCUGGAGCACGGGAAGGACACGCUGCUGCGCACAGAAGCCCCCAGAAGACACAUCACCCGCCACCCCUUCUCUGACCAGGAGGUCACCCUGAGGUGCUGGGCCCUGGGCUUCUACCCUGCCGAGAUCACCCUGACCUGGCAGCGUGAUGGGGAGGACCUGACCCAGCACACAGAGCUGGUGGAGACCAGGCCUUCAGGGGAUGGAACCUUCCAGAAGUGGGCGGCUGUGCUGGUGCCUUCUGGAGAGGAGCAGAGAUACACGUGCCGUGUGCAGCACCAGGGGCUGCCGGAGCCUGUCACCCUGAGAUGGGAGCCCCCUUCUCAGCCCACCAUCCUCACUGUGGGCCUAGUUCUCCUCGGGGCUAUGGCUUUUGGAGCUGUGGUGGCAGCUGUGAUCUGCAGGAAGAAGCGCUCAGGUGAGGAAGGAGUACAGUACACUCAGGCUGCAAACAGCAACAGUGCCCAGGGCUCUGAUAAGUCUCUCAAGAACACUAGAGUGUGAAACAAGUGCUCUGUAUGAGGUUGAGGAAUGCAAAAUUUCCUCACAUUUUUAUGUUGUGACUCAAGAAUUGUGGAUAGGGAGGCACCGGCCCCUCCCUCCGCUGAGAUGUGACCCGGGGGCCACACAUGCUCUGCAGCUGCACGAGCGUGAAUCCAGACCCAGCUGAACCAAACUCAACGUGGGCAGCUACUUGCAGAAUGUCUCCAGCCUGAGAACCAAGCCUCGACCCCAUGCCCGCCCAGCAGGGGAAAGGUAUCUCUCUCUCUCGCCUGUCCCUUCCCAGGGAUGAAGGGCAAGGGGACCGCUGUAUUAUGACGACCACAGAUGGGAUUAUACGACAAAAACUGCAGCAAAAGGACUCAAGGGUGCUCUUGGGAAGGUGGGAGGCACGGGCCCCUCUGCACUGUCCCAGGCUCUGUGUCACCAUAUCCUGAGUCAGACUCCAGCAUGUGGCCACCUGUCAGUGGGGCUCAUGUCGUGUGUAGUGCAAGAAUGUGGGGCAAAGUAGGUUUCCUCUCUCAGGGAGGAGGACUCUGCUUCCAGUGACUAUAGGCUCCCAUCAUGUGGGAAGGGGGUACUGGGCCUGGGAGUGAUGUUGGAGGGUGAGAAAUUGGGGGAAAUGAUAAGUUUCAGUUUGCUGGGCUUUAUUUGAACAUUUUCCCUCAUCCAUUGUGUUUAGAAGCCUGUCCCGCAUCAGAGACUAGGGUUGUGGGACAGGUGACUUGUCCUUACUUCACAACCCCAGGCAGGUGGAUCUGGACCGUGGAGGCGCCACUCACACACAUGCUCUCAGCACAUGUUUGCACUCAAGAGUGGCACUUACUUUUUGUUGAUAUUCCCUAAGUUUAGUAUAUGCACACAGCUCUGUCAGAGAGAAUGCACAUAAUUAACUGAAUAUUAAACUGCUAUCAUAUGUAUGUACAGACAUGUAUAUAUUUGGAUUUGGAAGUUAAUUUCUUGUGUAUGUACGUGUGUGUGUGUGUGUGUCUGUGUGUCUGUGUGUGUUUGGGGGUCAUAUCUCACAGUGAGUGCUUAGGGCUAUUCCAAGCAUAGUGCCUGGAAAAUCAUAUAGUGCUGGGGAUCAAAUCCAGGUCUCCCCUUUGAGUCAUUCCCCUGCCCCAUUAAUUUAACAUAUUUGAUCAGAAAAUAAAGUGA